UCUGGAUGAUUCACAAUAAUCCUUGGAGAAGAAGGAGUAGUGAUGAUUACCCGAGCGCUGUGCAGUGCCACUGUGCCGCUACCUGUUGCAUGCCCUGUGCAGCUUCAUUCAGUUUUUAAUCGUAACAACUGGGAAUUCAUUAGGAUUUUUGCUUGGGCGUUACUUUUACCAAGCGCAAACAAUGGCCCGAUCUGUUGACAUUCUGUUGUGCUAUGCCAGUCGGUGCCAGUUUCUGCUAAUCUAUCCAUCCUGUUUUGACCCUCUAAUGCAAAUAAAUAGGAUCAAGUGCACUGAUUCGCUUUCUCAUGAGCUUGUUUUCAAUACAGUCACUCCCGUGACAAAAUUAUUCAAAAAAUAUUUAUCUUUACAAGUCUGAGAGUCUGACAGUGAGUCUUAAAAUCUGCUACUGGGCUGAGAUCAUUACACUUUUUAAUGCAAAUCAGCGUGUUUGAUUAAGAUUUUGAAUCUCAUAUUUUCUUUGUUCUAGUGGAAUGAGCUGAUUCAUUUUUAUGUCAACAUAAUUUCUUAAUUACUGAAUAAAGUAAAACAGCAAGUAAUCAAUCGGAAUUAUCUCACCUAAACUGACGUCGACGGUUACCAUGAGCAGCUGCAGAGGGACGCUCAGUUCCUGUGCUCAGACCUGAGGAUGGACACUGACCUGGUUGACAAACUGGUUCUGCAGCUUAACAGGAUCUACCCCCAAAUACUCACUGACAAGGAGGCUCACAAGUUCAGAAACCUGAGUGUGCCCACCAAGGUGCGACUGGCUGAGCUGCUGAAACACCUGCAGGUAAAGGGCGAAGAGGCGUGCCAUGAAUUUUACAGAGGGCUUCACAUCCACGCUGAGGACAUUUACUUCAGCCUGCCCACCAGAGUCAAACGCAGAGAGUUGGCAGAUCCAAAAUGGACUAACACUGUGGCAAUCCGCCGAGAGCGAUAUGUGCUUAAUGACAGGGGGCCUAUGUUUUUCCUCAGCUGUCUCAGCUUUGCAGUUGGUCUUGCCAUGCUCUACUAUUAUGGAGAGGGUGACACACUAAGAGGUACAAGUCCUUUACUUCACUGCUCUGCAGCAGGACUGAGCAAAGGAGCAAAAGACGUUUUCAUUUCCUACGCUGACGUUGGAACCAAGAAAAAGUGAAGCCAGUAAGCAUAAAAGCUGAAGAAGUAGCCCUAUGAGAAGAACAAGCCACAAAAUGUGCCACUUUCUUUGCUAUGCCAAACUUGUACAUUAGCAGAGAUAAUAAGGUGCUAUUUUCCAAAUUUGUACAUAUUUGUAAAUACUAAUUUAAACCCUGAGAUUUCAAUCAGAGGAUGAAAUACAACUCACUGGACACAUUUCUAUAACAUGGUGCUUAUGUGUGGGUAUGGGCGUGUCUUGGAGUCUAAUCUGAGCUGACAUCCUGUUAUAGGAUAAAGUAAUCCAUAAUGUGCAGUACCUGAGUCUAUGAGUCCACGAGCACUUGAGUCUAUGAGUGUUGGCUGGAAUAACCUUGAAACAAACUAAUAAUUUUAUGCACAUUUCAGCUAAGUGAGAUGAACUAAUAUUGAGAAAGCAAUGGAAACAUGGCAUUAAUUUCACUGUGAGUGAAAGCUAACUGAUGUGAACUAAUGGGCAGCACUAUAUAAACAUACUGCUGUCAGCACCACCUGCCAGUUUAUUGGCAUGUCUGUCUCUUAAACGCACAACAGCUAUUUUCACCCGCUCACCCACUUCUAGUGCCUUCUAAAGCUGCGAUCAACAGAUUGUUGAAAACCUGUUGACUACGUUGCACUGUCCUGAUAAUUAACUAUCAAUCAAACUUGAAUUAUGUGUAAGAUGUAAUAAACCUACUUUACAUGUAUCUUCA